AUGGCGCGCUUCGGGGCUGCCUUCGCCUUCCCGGGGGGCGAGGCGGGCGGGACCCCGGGCGGAGGGGGAGGAGGCGGCGGCGGCGGCGGCGACCGUCCGACGCGGCAGCAGGCGCGGCACUAUCAGCUGCUCUCGGAGCUGCAGGAGCUGGUGAAGGAGCUGCCCAGUUCCUCCCAGCAGAGGCUGUCCUACACCAUCCUCAGCGACCUGUCCUUGGCCCUCCUGGACGGGACCGUCUUUGAGAUCGUGCAAGGCCUGCUGGACAUCCAGCAUCUGACCGAGCGAAACCUCUACAACCAGCGGCUCAAACUGCAGAUGGAGCAUCGAGCCCUCAAGCAGGAGGUCCUUCGCAAACACAAGGAAGACCAGCAGAGUUGCCAGCCGCACAAUCUUCCCCUCCUGAAGGCCGCUCAGCAGCGAGAGACAGAGGCCGUGGAGCAGCGGAUUCAUACCGAGCAACGGAUGAUGGACGAGAAAAUAGUCCUGGAGCUGGAUCAGAAAGUGGUGGACCAGCAGAGCACCCUGGAGAAAGCUGGCGUCUCUGGCUUCUACAUCACCACCAGCCCCCAG